AUGGUGUUAUGUGAAUGUCGUGAAGUGGUAGACCCCACCAAGAUUCCCCCAGAGAUAACGCCGAUAAGUGGUGGAAGUGGAUGGAAAGCAGUGUAUUAUACUGAGCCCCAGUUGGAUGAGUUUGAAGAAAAGCUACGUGCAUUUUUACAGAAGGAAGGGAAAACCUUAGAAGAUAUCCAGGGUUUGAGCACUGUUAGAGAAGAGAACAGUAAUCCUGAGGCCAUCAUCCGUGCAGUUGGUGAUAUAAUGGUCAGAACGAACAAACCGCCCGACAACCACUCUUACAGACGUUUAAGGACAUUUUCUGGUAUCAGUCCCACCCCUAUUGGAGAAGAGUCACUAGACAGCUGGUUGGAGCAAGCCUCACUUCUAGUAGAUGAAGGUGAAUGCUCUAAUAAAGAGAAACGAAGGCGAAUACUGGAAAGUCUCAAAGGGCCCGCUAUGGAGAUCAUUCAAGCAGUGCGUAUGACUCAACCUGAUGCUAGUCCCCAUGACUACAUAGAGGCCAUAGAUAGCAUUUUUGGUACAGCAGAGUCAGGAGAGGAACUCUAUUUGUUAUUCAGGGCUCUCCACCAACAGCCUGGUGAGUGCAUGUCUGAUUUCCUGCGAAGAUUGGAGAGGUCCCUUGUCAAAGUGGUGCAGAGAGGUGGGUUAUCUGCUAGUGAUGCUAACAAAGCCCGAGUAGAGCAGCUCAUAAAAGGAUCCAUUUCAGACCUCAUGCUGCUUCAAUUGAAAAUACGGGAGCGGAGAGAUAACCCCCCUACAUUUUUGAAUCUGCUGCGAGAGGUGAUUGAAGAGGAAAAUCGCCAGUCAGUUAGACAAAGUCAAACUACACCUACGCGCCAUCAGCGUGUACGUACCAUACACAUGGAAAAGGAGAAAGAACCUGACCCGGUCUCUAAGGAUGAACUACGAGCCCAGAUUAAAGAGUUGAGAGAGAUGCUGGAGGAAAGAAAUCACUCACAACCUCAGUCUCUGUCCGAUUGGCCUUGCCAGAGUCAGAGAGAAAAAAAGAAACGGAAAACUGAGACCCAGGGUGAACUACAGUCACUAAGAAAACAAGUGAAAGCACUAGAGAACCAAAUGAGUGUAAAUGGUGGUGAAAUACACCUCGGGACCCCAGCGAGAACACCGGACACAGUCCGGCCAAAACCAAUCAGCCCCCAGUUACAAGUCAGCGCCGCCCAAAGAAACCCCUCCCAAAGACUGCGAUGA